AUGUUUACUCCUUCAAAAUAUAAGUAUACGCCUAAAACACCAAAGAGACGAAUAACAACAUUGUCUUCCGGUUCUGAUGUAGAAAAAGAUCCUGUAAAAGUGUAUUCUAGACUAAUUCCUCAUAAUAAUGUUGAUUCAAACACAUGUAUAGAAAUUAUGUCUACCCAAGAAUUAUGUAUUUCGAAUGAGUCUAAAGGCAUUCGAAAAAAUACAUUUUAUAAAUUUAAACAUAUCUUCCCAUCACAUUCUACUCAAAAAGAAGUAUUUGAUCACAUUGGUUACCCAGUUAUAGAAGAUUUAUUAAAUGGAAAAAAUGGUCUCUUAUUUGCAUAUGGAGUAACAGGGUCUGGUAAAACUUACACGUUAACAGGUGAUAAAAAUAAUCCGGGAAUAAUACCUAGGUCUAUUAAUACUAUAUUUAACUCAAUUGAAGGAAUGCAGACCAAUAAAUAUUUAAUCAAAACUGAUAAACUUAAUAGCUUUGAGGUGCAAUCCGAAGAUGAAGCAAAUAAGGAACAGAUGUUAGAAAAUAAGAUGUCAAUGAAGAUUUCUAAAAAGGGAAAAAAAGCUGAUAAUUUGGAAUUCUCACUUUUUCACAAUGAUGGUACAAAAAUUUCGAAUUUAAACACAAGUCGUCAGUAUGCUGUAUUUAUUUCUUAUAUAGAAAUAUACAACAAUAAUGUAUAUGAUCUUUUGGAUGAUUGUAGUACAGGAAAAAUUCUACAGAAUAAAAUUUUGAGAGAAGAUUUGAAUCACAAUAUGUAUGUUAAUGGAGUAGUUGAAAUAGAAGUUAAGUCUGCACAAGAAGCCUUUGACUUGCUGGUAACAGGUCAGAAGAAAAAGAAAAUAGCUUAUACAAAUCUUAAUUCAGAAUCCAGCAGGAGUCAUUCUGUUUUUAAUUUAAGAAUUGUACAGUUAGAAAACAUAAAUAAUUCCAAUGAUGGAGUAACUCCAGUAGAUCAAGAAAGGAAUAUAGUUGUAUCCAAUUUGAGUCUCACUGAUUUAGCAGGUUCUGAAAGGAGUAAUAGGACUCAAAAUACUGGUGCCAGGUUAAAAGAGGCUAGUAGUAUAAACAAUUCUCUUAUGACACUUAGAACUUGUUUGGAAAUACUUCGAGAAAAUCAACUGAACAAAGGUUCUAUUAAACUAGUCCCAUAUCGUGAUAGCAGAUUAACACAUUUAUUCAAAAACUAUUUUGAAGGAGUUGGUAGUGUCCAAAUGAUAGUAUGUGUGAAUCCUGCUAUAGAUAAUUUGGAAGAAAACUUACAUGUGAUGAAAUUUGCGGAAAUUACUCAAGAUAUAAAAAUCCUUAGAACGGAACCAAAAAGUAUUCAAAAAAGUGUCAGAAAAGUUAUUGUUAAAAAAAGUCCAAUCAAGGCAACGCAAGACUUCCCUGUGUUUAAAUUUGAUUUAAACAAUGUUGAUAAUUGUGGUACCGCUAUAAAUAACGUGUUAAAAGCAUUGUCAGAUGAUAAUUCCAAAACCAAAGACUUAGAUACCAAAAUUUUUAACAAAAGCAAAGAAUUAAGAAAGUGCUUGGUUGAUGUUUUUGAAGAAAAUUUGCAUACCUCAACUGAAAUUAAUAAUUAUAAAAUACUUCUUCAAAGACAAAAAAAUAAAACCAGAAAUCUGGAGACCAAAAUAAUGCAAUUAGAUGCAGAAAGAAAGAAAAUUCUACAAACUAACAAAGAAUUUGAAACUAUUAUUCAAACGAUACAAAAUCGAGUAGACGAGAAGCAGUGUAAAAUUAACCAAAACAUUUUAGAAAAGACAAAUGACAAAGAAAAAAUGGCUCUAGGUACUGACAAAAUGAAACAGGAGCUAGACAAAAAGCUCAAACAGCAGAGAAACAUACUUAGUCACUCGCUGUUAAUCAAAGAAGCUGUGUUGAAUAAUGUUAGGAAAGCUUUGGAAACAGAAAAUUUUUCUGAUCAUGAAAAAUUGGAACUCAUGAAUACUUCUCCUCCUUCUUGUUUAUAUACCACCCCACAAAUAAUUAUUACUCCACCGGAUGAAUAUGUUCCAAGACGCAGAUCUAGAUCUGUGGAUGAGAUUCGGGAAAAAGGAACCGUUGAAUCAUUUCUGGAAACGACUUACCCGUCAUCUAGAAAACGCAAAUCUAAUUUGGUAUUGGAAGACGUAAGUAAUAAACAUCGCGCCUUAACAAAAAAGACAGAAAUUGGAAUAGUACUAAUAAAUAAUAGUCCCAAUAAAACUAAAAAUCCAAAUAAAGUUCCUUCUCAAGUAGAGUAA